AUGGGUUGGGGGGGCAUUACCUGGGCUACCCCUCGGCCCAACGCGCAAUCCCUUCUCUCAUGGGGUCACAUCGACCUUCCCUGGUCCCCCACUCCCCUCACUCUCUCACUCCCCAUCCUCCCCACUCUCCUCCUCCUCCUGGUUGGGCUUCUCCCAGCCGUCUCUCUUCUCUUCUCCUCCAGUCGUAAGCGAAAGGGUGCGAAAGCUGGCGAAGGCGAGGCGAAAGUGGUCACCGAAUCGUCCGCGAUCUGGUCUUCCACCUGGGUGUUGUGGCUUCGCGGAAAGUUCCCUCCAGGGCCCUGGGGAUUGCCGUUCUUCGGCAGUCUGCCUGACAUCCUCCGUGACGGCGAUCCUCACCGUCGGGUCACGGAUCUCGCCGAAAUCUACGGUCCAGUAAUGGGGAUGCGUCUCGGCCGAACCCCAACGGUCGUCCUCUCUUCCCCAGCCUCUGCGCGCCAGGUUCUGCGGGAUGCUGACAUGGCAUGCGCGUCGCGCCCCGCGGCGAUCACAUCUGCUCUGUUAACGCACGGACCGCGCGAUCUCGUGUUCGCGCCGUACGGGCCGCCUUUUGUGCAUCGGCGGAAGCUCGCGACGAGCCACCUAUUCACGGCAGAGCGAAUCGCGGCUUGGCGCGGAGUGCGCGCGGACGAGGCGGAGGGGAUGGUGACCGCCGUGGUCGACGAAAUCGCGGCGGCGGAAAAAGCGGCGGAGAAAGCGGAGGGUUCCGCGUGGGCGGAAGUCGAGAUCCGCCCGCAUCUUGCGCGGGUGUCUUUGAACAAUAUCCUCCGCAUGAGCUGCGGGCGGCGGUACCAGUUCAGCCGCCCGGGAAAACCGGACGCGCUCGCAGACGAGGUUAACUCCGUAAUUUUCAAAAUCGCGGGGCUCCUAGGGCCGUUUAACUACGUCGACCACGUGGCAGAGUGGGAUUGGUUCGACAAGUGGACAGGCGGGCUGACAGGCAAGUGCCGCGUACUUGCGCCGAAGCUUCAAAAAUUCUUUCGCGGCGUGCUGGACGAUCACCGGAGGAUGCGGAGGGAGGAGGAGGGGAAACGCGCGAAAGAGGCGCAAGCGGCGGCGGCUGCGGCGGCGGCGGAGGCGGAGGGGAAUGGGACGGAGGGGACGGAUAGGGAGGGUGAACAGAGGCGCGGGGUAAUGGAAGAUGCUUCCACCCUGUGGCCCGAGCCUGACAGGUUCGUGCCGGAGCGGUUCCUGCCCGGAGAAGUUUUCGAGCUGCCCGAGAGCGGAACAGGGGAGGGUGUGAAGCGGAUAGUGGGGGAGGAGGUGGAUAUGAGGGGAUUUGAUUUCCGCCUGCUGCCGUUUGGUUCGGGCAGGCGAAUGUGCGUCGGGCAGAGGCUCGGGCACCAGCUGGUUACCAUCAUGCUGGGUCGACUCGUGCACGCCUUCAACUGGGAAGCUCCUGUUACAGGCUCUAACAAGAGUGACUGUAACGGGAGUGACUGUAACGGGGGGGAUUGUAACAAGGUGGAUUUGAAGGAGCGGUAUGGGCUUGCAAUGAGGAUGGUGCAGCCGCUGAAGGCCCGUGCGUCGCUGCGAGUGGGAGGGGAUGGGAGACGGGCGAUUGAGGCAUGGGGAGUGGGGAAGAGGGGAAGCAGGAAGUAG